CUUUCUCCCCAGUCCAAGCUCAUACAGUCGACGGCGCUCCGAAGAGUUGCCGGCGCAGACGCAGACUGUAACAGGAAUCGACUCGAUACAGGGCCAAACGACUGCCGCCUGGCGCCCGUUCGAUAGUGCGCCGCAGCAUCGCGUGCGAGACCCGAGCGAACGAACGAACGAACGAAAGAACCAGCCUACCACGUGCCGUCUCGUCGCAAACAGCAUAUCUCUGGCAAGCCUGGAAGCCAGAGAUCUGCAAGAGGACGAAGCGUGCCCCUCUUGCGCACGGUAGCGUAACCUGCUGUCAGAGCAGAGCCAGCAUCUGCCAGUGGUGAAGGAAGGCAGUGUGCGCGGGCGCUUUUGUCGUAGGGGGUGCGCCCUGACCAGCAUCCCACAGCAGCCAUGCCGACCGAAUUCGACGAUGUCCUCACCAACCAACCGGUCGUGAUAGAUAAUGGCUCGGGGACAAUCAAGGCAGGGUUCGCAGGGCAAGACCAGCCAACAUGCUUCUUUCCGUCGUUCGUCGGCCGGCCAAAGCAUCCGCGCGUGAUGGCCGGCGCGGUCGAGGGCGACAUCUUUAUCGGGCGAAAAGCGCAAGAGCUGCGCGGCCUGCUCAAGAUCCGCUACCCGAUGGAGCACGGUAUUGUCACUGACUGGGAGGAUAUGGAACGUGUCUGGUCGCACGUGUAUGCCGAAGAGCUCAAGACGCUCAGCGAGGAGCACCCCGUGCUGCUCACCGAGGCGCCGCUAAACCCGCGCACCAACCGCGAGGUCGCCGCGCAGAUCUUCUUUGAGACGUUCAACGUGCCUGCACUCUUUACGAGCAUACAGGCUGUGCUUUCCCUCUAUGCAUCGGGGCGGACGACAGGACUGGUGUUGGACUCGGGUGAUGGCGUGACGCAUGCUGUGCCCGUCUUUGAAGGGUUCUCGAUGCCGCACGCGGUGCGACGAAUAGACGUCGCGGGGUGGGACGUGACGGAGAACUUGCAGGCGCAGCUGCGCAAGGCGGGUUACCACCUUCACACGACGGCGGAGAAGGAGGUAGUGCGGAUGAUGAAGGAAAAGUGCUGCUACAUCGCAACGAACCCGGCCAAGGAGGAGGCGAACGUAUCUGCGAGCCACGACGCUGAGGAGUUCAAGUUGCCCGACGGGAACAGCGUCAAACUCGGGCCAGAACGGUUCCGCGCGCCCGAGAUCCUCUUCAACCCGGACCUAGUCGGGCUGGAGUACCCUGGCGUGCAGCACGUCGUCGUCGACGCGAUCCGGCGCGUCGACCUUGACCUGCGCAAGGACCUCUUCAGCAACAUUGUCCUCUCCGGCGGCACUACUCUCACGCGUGGCUUUGGCGAUCGCAUCCUCGGCGAGGUCAAGAACCUCGUCAGCAGAGAGACCAAGAUAAAGAUCUUUGCGCCUCCAGAGAGGAAGUACAGCACGUGGAUCGGCGGCAGCAUCUUAGCAGGCUUGAGCACAUUUCGCAAGAUGUGGGUCUCGUCUGAAGAGUACUCUGAAGACCCAGGGAUUAUUCACAGGAAGACAUUCUAGUCUCGUACGGCCUGCACAACGCACGUGUAGUACACUGCGCAGCAGGCAGCAUAUAGCAUGGAGUAGCAUGUGUAGCGUCGGCCCUCGUUCUUGAUUAGGGCCGUCGGGUACGCCGUGCGCCGUGCACGUGUAUGUAUUUGCCAGCAACGAUGGGCAUGAGUCGCGA